AUGACAUUUCUCUUCCCACCACACAAUGGCGUGAACGUAUCACCAUGGGCAACUCUCUUUCGCGCAUUGAUCCUGCCAAUAGUCUUCACUGCAUUAUUCUGUUCCGGUGGAAAACUCACCAAUAUUUCAUCCACGCCGACCGAAGGUGGAAUUGCCGACUCUUCACAGCAGAUUAAAAGUCUGAAAGAAGCGCUGGAUGGGGUUCCCCUCAAGAAACUUGUUCUUUGCCGGAAUGGAUUCAAUGGAACGGAACUCAAUUCGAUCAUAGAGACUGCGUGGGUUGCUAUUGACGAUGUGGAUGACUUGUAUUACACUUGUCUACAAUCACGGACUGGCAUGUCCAACUGCUUCGCUGCUGUCAUCUUCACCUCAAUCAAUGCUACCAAUGUUGAUUAUAUCAUCGCCACCGACAGCGCUACAAGCCUAUCGAGUACCGACUUUGCAAAGCAUGAAUCCUUGAGCAACGACCGCCUCCUACCACUGCAGUGGGCUAUUGAUUCUAGCAUUGGGAGCUUCAGUAAAACGACUCCGCCAUCGGAACUUCCCUGGUCUGGAUAUUUUGGGGACCAAGCAAAGGAUUCAAGCUCACCACUUGAUUCCGCAUCUUGGUUUGUGGUAAUUUACUACUUCGUCGCUCCGGCAUUUCUCCUCGCUUUGAUUGGUGUUGUCUACCAUGCCAGUCUCUUUGUGGCAUCGGAAAGAGAAUUGGGAAUUACCGAACUUCUAGAUGCACAAACAUGCACGAAAACACCUCGAAUUUUCUCCACCAUUGCUUCUUUUGUUGCAAUUUACUCACCGGGAUGGUUCGUUUGCUCUAUUCUCAUGACCCAGCUUCUCUUCACGCGUUGCUCGGAUGUCCUCCUCCUGUUCCUCACACUAAUAGCUGGGACAUCUCUCACUGUGUGGUCACUGUUCUUAUCCUCAUUUUUCAGGAAAGCCCAGCUAGCAGGACUUUAUACUUCCAUUCUCACAUUCACGCUGGCCUUCGGCACUGUAGCGUUCGCUUUCGGUGAUAACCCACCUCAUACCACGAUCUCAAUACUAAGUGUCUUAUUUCCUCCAUUCGCCUACUCAACUCUCAUCGGCGACAUUGCGCGGGCCGAGGCGCAACUCGCCAGCUUUUCGCUCUUGAAGUCCACGGUGUCCAUCACUGCCACCUCUGAUACUCAACAUUUCACUCCGCAAGUCACCGGCUACCUGUAUAUCAUAUUCUUCUGUGCCCAAAUUGUGAUUUAUACCGCUGCGUGCUUUGCAGUCGACCACUACAAAUGGAGUGUGAAAAGAACCUACGAUGAGAUUGAUUCGUCUAGCGACGUUGCAGUACGUUGCACCGAACUUUCGAAGACUUUUGAAGCAAGCCGUCGAUGGUACUGGCCAUGGAGCACUGUGGGAAGCAGCCAUCUUGCUGUUAACAGUUUGAAUCUUGAAUUAAAGACAGGUUCAGUUAACUUCCUGCUCGGGCCAAAUGGGGGAGGUAAAACGACGACGCUGAAAUGUAUCGCGGGCAUUAUAUCAGCGGACAAAAGUUCUCGACUGGAGAUCAAUCAGAAUGCCACGUUUUUUGGCGUCUGCCCCCAGCAUAAUGUUUUCUGGGAGAGACUGACAGUUGCCGAACACGUCAGAAUUUGGAGAAAGAUUAAAACUGGAGCAAAUGUGGUUGGAGGCGAAGAUGAUGUGCUUGCGGAGUGCGAUAUCUUGACAAAAUCUAACCAAGCUGUGGAGACAUUAUCUGGAGGCCAGCAAAGGAAACUGCAGCUUGCCAUCGCAUUUGUGGGAGGUUCCACAAUGUGUUUCAUCGAUGAGGCUUCCAGUGGCUUGGAUCCUCUCUCAAGACGCAAUAUCUGGAACAUUAUCUCAAAUUGUCACUCGCGCCGUACCGUCUUGAUAACUACGCAUUUCCUUGAUGAGGCCGACAUUCUCGCGGACAAUAUUUCAAUCAUCUACAAAGGAGGACUUGUGUGUACCGGCACCCCCACUUCACUGAAAGCAAAACACGGACUGGACCUCGAGAUCCGCCAGAUUGCGACAGAAGAUGACGAAGGCUACGAAGAAGAUGACGAAAAUGAUGAAUACAAAAUGCCUACGUGGAACAUGAAGACUUCUACUGAAGCAACAAAGAAGAUUCUCGAAUUGGAAGAGCUAUCAGGUGGUUUAUACUCAGCUACCUUCCCGACGCUGGAGCAAGUCUUUUUGAACGUCACCAAUUCAUCGCUGAUCAAUGGUAAUGGUAACGGAGAUGUAGCACUUGGUGAUCAGAUAUCUAGACAGGAGACUGAGCUCGAAGAACUGAACCCAGGAAGUGUGGAGGGAGUAACCCUUGAAGUUGGGACGCAAACCAAGCUAUCUCACCAAGUAGGUUGCAAAUUCGUCGGCCUGACUAUCGUACUAACCACAUUCAAGAUUCUAGUCAUCCUGAAGAAACAAUACCUUCUAGCACGGCACAGCUGGAUGAGUUAUGGCAUCGCUCUCGUAAUCCCACUCGUCAUUACCGCUGCACUAGCCAGCUCGAUCUCCAAAUUCGAGAGCUUUGAUAUUUGUACACAUAGAAUAGAUGUUACCAUGCGAAAUGCAAGCAUAGCAGAGUCCAUAUCUUUGGGAGAGGGUUAUGAUACUUACGAUGUUCUCGGUCCUUUGGAUACCCCUGAUUUCUACAGUGCUGAGGACCUUGCACACUAUGCAAUUUCUAGCAUUGCUGGACCACCGGCUGCUUUUGAUGGCGAAGCUCAAAAUAUACUUUAUGUCGAGAACAUGGAACGAUAUUUUGGGUCACUCACUCUUGAAAAAGAGGGUGUUACUGGAGAACAGAAGGCUCUAGCUACUCGUGGCAAUGCAUCUUCACUUACAGAAAUGAUUUCCAUCAUCAAAGAUCACCACGGUGAGCCAGCAUUUGGUGUUUUUGUUGACUCGGCCAAUGUCACGCUCGUUCAUCGAAUGUAUCCAGAAUUCUCCAUGGCGGGUAUGAACAUCAUCACAAAUCGACUUGCGAACUCCUCGACACAAACUGGAACGGCAAGGAAGGUCAAGACCACGUACCGCAAAUUCCGACACGUCAAGUUUGAGCCCGACCCAUUGUCAAUUCCUAUCUUGGUGUUCAUAACACUUGGGUUCAUAUGUAGCACAAGUGUAAGCAUCAUAUAUCCGGUAUUUGAGAGGAUCAAUAAUGUCAGAGCCUUGCAGUAUUCAAAUUCAGUCUCGUCUGCAGCACUGUGGACAGCCUACCUGAUCUUCGAUAUACACAUUGGAAUCAUCACGUCUGUCGUAACAUGGGCAAUUAUAUUUUCGGGCGGGAAUAGCCGCAUCUGGUAUGAAUCAACAUUCAUCCUCUUUGCAAUACUGCUAUUCUGUAUUGCGACUUACCUAGGGCUUUAUCUCUGCUCUUUAUUCCUCCGAAGAGCUGCGUUUGCAGCUGCAGUUGGCGUGCACAUCGUGCUAAUGAUCGUUUAUCUCAUCGCAUAUUACGUCAAUGAUUCCAAGGACCCUGUGAACGCAUUCGACAUAGCCCUCGAUAUUCAAGGCGUACUUGGUCUCACCUCGCCAGCAGCAAACCUACUCCGAACUUUCUUCAUAGCAACCGAUAACUUCGGCAUCACCUGCGGCGAGACAGGGUGGUAUGAUCUGCAUCCCAUAGCAUUUCAACUUUAUGGUGGUGUCUACAUGAAUCUAGUUCUACAGAUCAUGUUCUGUAGUUUUGUGCUUACGUAUAUUGAAACUGGAAGCUCAGCAUGGUUUUUCAAGCUUCUCCCAAAGAGAAAGAUGCCAGCGACUCCAGCACAAUUAGACUUUGGUAUCGAGGGAAGAGAGUCUCCGAACUUUGAACCCACAGCAGAGCACGAUGAUGAUAUCCCCCUCAAGACUCUCAAAGGAAAGAACAAUGUACUUGUCCUCGUUGUCUCCAAGAUAACCAAAUUUUUCAAGUCGCUACUAGCAGUACAAGAAAUAUCUCUCACCAUCUCCACGAAUGAAACACUAGCACUUCUCGGUGCCAACGGUGCCGGAAAAACAACAACCAUCAACAUGAUCCGUGGUCUCAUCACUCCUGAUCAUGGCAACAUAACUAUAGAUGGGAUCAGUGUCCUCGCUUCGCCUCAACAAGCACGAAUUCACACUGGUGUUUGCCCUCAAGAUGACGCAAUUGACGAGCUCACCGUACGCCAAACACUAAGCUUCUACGCGAGUAUCAAAGGUCUGCGGGACGUCAAGGGGAAUGUCGACGGCGUGAUGCGCGCAUUCUGCAUAGAAACCUUCGCCGACCGCCUCAUUACCAAGCUAUCGGGCGGCACCAGAAGGAAAGUUAUGGUCGCGAUCGCCAUCCUCGGGAAUCCGCGACUGCUGCUGCUGGACGAGCCGUCGACUGGGCAAGAUGCCGGUGCCAAACGCGUUUUGUGGAAGAUCUUGCGUUCGCUGAGUAACGGUCGCGCGAUCCUGAUUACCACGCAUAGUAUGGAGGAGACGGAAGCACUGGCGACGAAAGUGGCCAUUGUCGACAAGAAAAUGUUGGCUUCGGGCACGACGUCGCAGUUGCGAUCGCGGUUUGGAGGGUUUUAUCGCGUGCGGGCGUCUUAUGAGGUGGGGAGGGAGACGGAAUUGGAGACGGCGCUUAGGGGCAUGUUUGGGACGCAGGUGCGGAAUCUAAAGUGUGCGUUUGGCGAAGUGGAGUUUGAGCUGCCGUAUGAGAGGAAGAUAAUUGGGAGGAUUAUGCUGAGUAUGGAGACUUUGAUGGUGGAUAAGGAGGGGUUGGCUGGGAUUGAGAGGACGAUGGUUGGGCAUGAUACGAGAAAUGUGUCGAAGGUGUUGAGGGAUUAUACUAUUUUAGAGCCAUCCAUGGACGAUGUUUUCUUGAAUGUUUGUAAUGAGGCCGAGAUUGGAAUCUUGUAG